UGAAGGUUACCUUGAAUUUCUCAAAGUCAGCAUAAAUUGACAAUAUACUAUAAUGCGGCUUUUAGCAAGUAACAGACAGACACUGAAAAGUUGGGUGGGCAACAGGGGCGAAGCCACAAAGUCUUUUCGGAGGGGUAGUAUUGUCUUUUGCCUGCAAAAAAACCUGCAAAAAGUCUCAAUCUUUUUGGGUGUGAUCAUAAAAUAAGUAACUUUAUAUGCUGCUUUUAUGUGCUUCUAACUUAUUAUUCACAGUUCUAAAAUUUCAAUUUGUAUAUUUAGAGCAUACUUUAAAAGUUUAGCUGCGACAGAAAUUUUAGCACGUUGCAGCUGUUUCAAAAAAAUACUAAUUGUACUACAGUAUGUGAAAAAAUUAUGUGAUGACGGACCAAGUAUGGGGAGCAAGCGCCUUCCUUUAGCGACGCCCCUGGGGGGCAAUGCCGAGUUAAGGUCGGCUUGUAAACUGAGCAAAUCGAUGGAGCUCACUGCUUGAAUUUUGAAGGCAAGAACUCGGUAUUGAAGAACUUAAGUAGCGGUAUUGAAGAGCCUUUGAGAAUUUAAAUCUUGCAAUUGAUAUAGAGUUUGAUACAGGUGUAUCCUCUUGCCUCGGAUAAAGAAUUUUUGCAAUUUAAUGAACGUGUUGUAAAGAGUCUUUGUAAUCUUCCUUCAUUGGGGAUUAGAAAAGCAAACAUCUGAAGAGAAGUCUUGUUUUAUAUUACUUUUUUAGAGAAUAAAUAAAAAAAUUAACUGUAAAAGCCAAACAAACCAUCACGAUAGGCGCAACAGAGCCUUGUCAUUUUGUCUACUUGAAAGAGAUUUUCCAGGGUCUUUGGCUCUCAAAUUAAAAGGUCCGGGGGGAAAAUCACUCUAAGAAAAUCUCUUACACCUUUUGUGAAAAUCUUAUUGUUUUAUCUGAAGAUCCCCAGAAUUCCUUUUGAUUUAGACAAAAUCUCGUACGCUAUUUGCAAUAGUGAAUCGCCCCUCGAAAAGGUCAUCAAACCGCAGUGACAUAAAUGGUUACCAUUCAAAAUUAACAUUGCCAUUUCCAAGGGAAAUUAGUUGCGGGGGCAAACCUUUGUUUAUAUAAAAAGAAAAAAAGCCCCAAUAGCAUCAAUGCCCCUCGCGUACCCCCCCCCUCCCCUUUGUGACUGGCUAGUAGUUCCUCGCAUUUCACACGAGUUACCCUGGGUACCUUUCCAGUUGGUUGCUUAGUCACCAGCGUCCUCGGUAUCAAUACGAGACAUUUUCAAGUAGACAGAUGUUCUGAAUGAAAACUUCCAAAUUGUGAAGACAGGCCUUGAACUUGUUGUUUCAGUAUUUUCCAUUCUUUUCCUGAAAACAGAUGCCAAGAUGGCCGAGAUUUACCUUCCUGCAGGUGUCCAGAAGCAAGUUAUUUAUCCGGGAAGAGGAGAAAUUCCACUUUUCAUUGAUGGCACAAGGGCUACUUUCCAUUUCCGCACAUUUAUUGAUAAUGAUGAAAGAACUGAAGUAGAUGAUAGUAAGAAAUUAGGGGAGCCAUUUGUCCUUAUGUUUGGGAAGAAAUUCAAACUGGAGGUUUGGGAGAGCAUGGUGGAGACUAUGAGAAUUGAUGAAAUUGCAUCAUUUCAUUGUAAAUACUAUCACGUCAAAUCUUAUCCAGUUGUCGCACAAAACCUACGUGAUACGAAGAAAAAGCGAGAAGGCAAGAUCAAAGAAAACGAACAUCGACAUCAUAGUUGUGCAUUUGACGCAAUACACCGUGGGGUGGGAUAUAAAGACCUCGAUGACAUCCUCCACACCGAUGUCGAUCUCGUUUUCGAGAUAUCAUUGAUCAGCGUAGAACAACCUGGUGCUUAUGAAGAGGAGGUCUGGGCAUUAAAACCUGAAGAGAAACUCCAAAGGAUCCCGGAAUGGCGCGAAAAGGGAAAUCGGUUGUUCAAGCAAGGCGAGCAUUCAAAAGCUGCUGAGAUAUACGCACAAGCUCUUGGAUGUUUGGAACAACUUUGUCUACGUGAAAAGCCAGGAGACCCUGAAUGGGUUGAAUUAGACAAAUUGAAGAUCCCCUUUUUACUUAAUUACUCACAAUGUAAACUGCUAGACGAAGAUUACUAUCAGGUUAUUAAGCACACAACAACUGCAUUAGAGAAAGACCCGGACAAUGUUAAGGCGCUUUUUCGCAGAGGUAAAGCCCACGCAGCGGUUUGGAAUCCUGACGAAGCUGUUAUAGAUUUCAAAAGGGCUCUAGAGCUGGACCCAUCCUUGAAGUCGUGUGUCAAUAAGGAGCUAAAGAAAUUAGAAGAAGAAACUCACAGGAAGCUAGAAAUGGAUAAAGCUAAAUAUAAACACUUGUUUCCGCCUGCAAGAUGACUAUAAAUUAUAAUAUUUUAACUACAAAAUUAUUUUCAACUUCAAAGUUAAUCAUUCUUCAACGCUUUAGCAAUUUUACGUUUCUGCCUGAAAUAAGCCAUGGUAAUAAUGGUGUCAUAAGUCAUCUGUGAAUUCGAAACUCAAAAAGUGUAACUCAAAAAUCUGAUAUUUGAACUUAGGUGCAGAAAAAUUUAGAGGAUACAUGCCCAUUAUCCCCAUUCCUCUCAUUCAUAAGCUCGUUUUAUUUACCAGGACCAAAAACGUGGUAAUAGCCGCCAAAGAUAGGGUUUCAAGUCAUUCAAGGAUAGGUUUGACUUUCCCCAUCUUUUUUCGGAUGUGCUACAGGUCUGGUUUGCAUUCUUAACUGCACGCACAUGAAUUCAAGAAUAGAUUUAACGCAUAGAUGGAACUGGUACAACAACAGCCUGGUACUUACCCCUGCCAACAUCGCCUCUGUCGUACUUGCACACACAUUAACCAAUCGAUCGCUACCAUCAACCAUAACCAAUCCUUCCACACCAGAUCUCACUUUACCUGUUCUUCUUCCUGUGUGAUUUACUGCCUCAUCUGCACCAAAUGCCAAUCUCUUUGCUCGGCUCGUUUCUUUUCUAGCCACUUGAUAACAAGUAUAUGCUCGUGUUUUUAACAAUCAAACUAUCAUAUUUUCAUUCUGGUACUAAAUUUAUUGCUAAUUGUAUUAUCGCUGUUACCAGACUCCCUAGAUAGAUUGUGAAUGCCCAGUAUCGAUGUUAUUGAAAAAAGGGGGCGGGCCUUUUGAAUAGAAGAUAUAGAAUAUAGAAGAUAUGAAAACUGCUAUGGAAUCAACUUUGGUUUUCCGGCAGAAAGAAGUAAACAGGACAGCCUUCCACUCAUACAUAUGAAUGUGAUCUGGCAGAAAUUACGGUUCACUUUAAAAGCGAACGCUUCAGGACGUAUAGAUUUGGCAAAAGGGAUUAGAUUUGUUUGCACAGUCAUAGUGGCCUGGCCAGUAUAUUUAAAACCCUUUGCUGGACUACAAUAAAAGGCUCACAUUGCUCCGUUCACAUUGCUCCGGAUUCCAAUGAAAACGGUUAAAAAAGUAAUCGUUUUCACCUUGCGUUCACACUGCUCCGCUGCGAAAACGGAGACUUUUGAGAAUGCACUUUGAAGACGGAGACUUUUGAAAACGGAGACUUUCGAAAACGCAAAACGCAGUGUGAACACCGAAAACGGAUACUUUUGAAAACGAUAACAACAACAACAGCACAGCAAGAUGCUUAGACCGCGCCAAUUUGAACAAUUUCUCUUAACAUGGCUGAUUCACUUGAAGUUAGUACACUACUUGGAGGAAUAUUAGUGGCAGUGAGUUGUUUGAAAAGUUUAUUAGCAGUCGUAAGGUCUAUAAACCAGCUCGUGGCGUUUCCCUUUCUAUCCAGAGCGGAGCAAUGUGAACGUUUCCAUCCAUAUCGUUUUCACACCGUUAUCAAAUGUAUCCGGAGCAGUGUGAACAGGUAAAACGGAUCGAUAUGAAAACGGAUAAAAAUGAAUACGGAGCAAUGUGAACAUGGCCUUAGAUAAUUUCCAAAUACAUUUCGGUUUCUGUAAACCCAGCCCCCAUCCAAAAAACUCCCAUGAAUUUGGCUCCCAUGUUAAAAAUUCCAACCUUCGCAGACUGUAAAGUGGUCAGCACCUAUAAAGCAAAUUGUCUCUCAAAGACAAACAGACGCGUUCUUGUAAUACUGUAAUCAGAACAACAGGGCAACUUUUCGUAGCGAAUCAAGAAAUGACGACACGUGUUGUGAACGGGAUCUUAAUUUCAGAUUCACACAAUCUAAGGAUCGUUCCUUUUCUAUCUCUCCAACGAAUAGAAAGUUGGUGCGGCAUGUUAACAUAUGACCGUACAAAGUUUGUUAGAACUUUUCAAUAAGCUAGUAAGUUUCGUCAAUCUUAUUAUGAAAUAUCCAUUACUGCAUUCCCACGCGUGUGUCUAAAAUCGUAUUUAACCACUUAGCUAUUUCAAUCUUAAAUUAACAAGAUCGGUUAGAUUUGUAAUCUUAGCCCUCUAGAUUUGCAAUCAUGUUGCUUAGCCUUUGACUUUAGCGGGACUUCGAACGUUUUGUAACGAUAGACUUGUUAUUGUCUCUAUAUCAAUCAAACUUUUAUCCCUUUUCAUUUUGUCCCAAUUCUUUACAAUGACAUACCUAAUCGUAUUACUUUUGCUCCUAAACAGCGCUUUUAUAAUUCAUUUGCGUUCCCACAAUCCUCACAAAGAGCUACUUAAGUAACUGUUGAUUUAUUGUCCAAUAAUAUGUCAAAGAUAAAAUGGCUUUGUGUCCUUGCUCGCAGCUUAAAGAAACUGGAUGAAUUAAACAGUUACAAGCAUAAUGAUAAUGGCGUUAGGCGCUUGUAUCUCAAAGAGCUUGGCUGCUGGAUCCCUUUCAAAAGGUGCGGUCUACACACAGAACUUUUCAUACGCAACUUCAUGCGACUUCUUGCACAAACAAAAUGAGACCAACAAGUUGUAUGUCUAGACGGGCCUGCAGCUUGUUUGAACUUUAUCUUGCAACAUAUAGCAUGUGUCGCAGACCCCUAGGCCAGCAACAUACCCUACUUAGACCCAAAAGUCAGGUGGAAUUGUGUAAAGCCUUACGACACUGGAGAAUGAGAAUAUUGUUCCAUAUCAUGUGGUUUUUAGGCUAUCGUGAAAUUUCUUCUGAAUACUCAGCGUCGAAUUAUAUGGCAAAGUCGCAUUAUCUUCGACUGCUUUAUAUGUUAUAACGGAAAUCCCACUCCUUCACCCUCCCUUGAUCUGCACUUUUUCUUGAGGGUUUAAAUGUAUUUAGCCCAUUUUCGUAUUUGUCCCUAGUUAAUGUUUUCAUUCAUUUUAAAGAUGUGCCGGGGAAAAGAAUAAAACGCCACAGAUACAAUAAUACUCUUCUAGCCCAGAGCAGCAUAACAAACACCAGGGAUGUCGAACGAAAUCAGCCUGUCUUGACUUAUUUUGUAGCAUGUGCUCAGUGCUCGCGGUGUUUUAAGACAUCUCAUUUUGAUGAAUUGGCAAGGAAGAGUAUUUUCACAAUGAAUAAAGGGUUGCAAUGAAGCGUAGAGUGACUGCCACUCAUUGUCUAGCAGGUAUUGUAGCACGCAUAUAUGUUUGAUAUAAUUGGUGACACUCUUGCACCGAAUCCUCAAAUGUGGCAACAUCGAUGCAAAAGUACUUAUAGCACGACACUUCCCCCAAUGUAAUAUCUCAGAAAAGGGAAUUAUUAGCCCCUACCUUAUUGAUUACACCUUGAGGUUCACUGCUUCGUCCACAAGUUUUUUUCUUUGCGUUCCUUUAGACUAUCGUUUAUGCUGCAAAAUCAAAAAUACUGAUGCUGCAAAAUCAAAGACACCGAGCUGCUGCACAGCCAACUCCUGUCUCUGUUGUGUUUAUCCUCUUAUGCUCCAAGAUUCCCACAACAUAGUGCGGCAUUUAUCGUCCAGAUCUUGCUAGAGGGUGCAUCAUCACAUUUAUGUGUAAACCUAACAAGUACGUUACAACAAGCUGGAGGUUGCGGAAGUACCCUUGCGUACCUGAGCCUCCCGGAAAAAGGCGAGACAAGGAGAGGAGAAGUAAAAUUCGGGGAUCCUCGACUCUCCCCAGUGUUCUAUCUUCUACUCUUCUGGUGUUUUUAGAAUUACAGCCUCUAAUGCCCAGGGUAAUGUUCGUGUAAAUUGCUAACCUUUUUUGACAAAUACUUUCUAAAAAUAUGAAAAAUUAACUACUAAAGGGCUCAAUGGCGUGGGUUCAAAGUUGUACAACUCAAUCUUGGUACAACUUGUUCCUUUUCACCAGGUAAUUGCAAAGGAUUUCCAAUCCGAAGAAUCUGAGUAGGCAGUCGUGGAAAUUAGCGUUCAGGCAAUCAGCGUUCUUGUCGGAAAAUUCGGGCUGUUGUCAGAGAGUUACCCUUGGUAUGGUACCUAGGGUAUCAGAUAAUUGAGAACUGUUUAACGUGCCGAAAGCCUGUCCAAGAUGUUAUCCUGUCGGAAAAAUGUAGGCUUGAGCCCUCCUUCUACCUCCCCCCUCCCAGAAUGA